AUGCGCGGUUCGGACGACCGCGUGGAGGUGUUCAAUCUGUCGGAGAACCUCUGGUUCGCGGGAACCGCGCAGCUUCCACCGUUUGACGACGCUGGCGACGGUGGAGCCUCCACUGACGGAGAUAGCAGCGGAAACCACGGGAACCGUGAUGACAGCACCGGCGGUGACUUUUCGGGGGAUGUGAACGCCGAAAUGGACAACAGCGGAGGCGAUUUGAGCGUGGGAUUCACAGAUGACCCGCGCGACUCCAUUGAGUCGCGCAAGGAGGAGCUGCUUGCGCGGAUCCGCGGUGGUGGAAUCGAUGAGAAGACCCGCGAGGCGCUGGUGGAAGCUGCAAACGGCGGCGGCGCGCGAGGGAGCUCCACGACUGCGCCCGCCGCAGCCCCCGCGAGCGCGCCGGCUCCCGCUGUGGAUCCACUGGAGCAACAGAUGGUAGGCGCGCGCGUCACGACUGGUGCUCUGCCAACACAUUUGGGUCAAUACUGGGAUUUGACGAAAGUGUCUUGCCUCCCAAAUGUGUCCCAAAAACCUGACCCAGAUGACUCUUAG